GAGACAGACGCACUUCAGAGAAAGGGUUGUUCUACCUUCAUGUUCUACAUCGUCCUCUGCACAAUCUGGACUGAAGAUGAUGAGGGACCGAGGAGACGAAGAGGACAGAGGAGAGUCUCCUCCUUCCAGCGGUGUCUCUGUGAAGAGUGACUGGUCUAAAGAUUGUCCUCCAUUCUUCAGUACUGGACCAGGACCAGUGCUCCCUUUUCCCAGUAGUGUCUCUGUAAAGAGCGACCGGUCUAAAGAUUAUCCUCCAUUCUUCAGUACUGGACCAGGACCAGGACCAGUGGCCCCUUUUCCCAGUAGUGUCUCUGUGAAGAGUGACUGGUCUAAAGAUUGUCCUCCAUUCUUCAGUACUGGACCAGGACCAGUGGCCCCUUUUCCCAGUAGUGUCUCUGUAAAGAGCGACCGGUCUAAAGAUUAUCCUCCAUUCUUCAGUACUGGACCAGGACCAGGACCAGUGGCCCCUUUUCCCAGUGGUGUCUCUGUGAAGAGUGACUGGUCUAAAGAUGAGCCUCUGAACUUCAGUAAUGCACCGGGACCAGGAUCAACGUCCCCUUUUCCCAGCGGUGUCUCUGUGAAGAGUGACUGGUCUAAAGAUGAGCCUCUAUUCUUCAGUACUGGACCAGGACCAGGAUCAACGUCCCCUUUUCCCAGCGGUGUCUCUGUGAAGAGUGACAGGUCUAAAGAUGAGCCUUUGUUCUUCAGUACUGGACCAGGACCAGCACCCUCAGAUCCAGAGUAA